CCUUCACUUUCGGGAGCGUCGGCCAAGGCGUCCCUCGCGCCGGAAGCGGGCUGCGUCAGAGCCCGGGCGAGUGAGUUCCGCGGCUAUGGUGGGACCGGCGCUGGCUCCUUCCCCGGCCGGGGGUGUAGCGCUGGAGAACGCCAACCCGCUCAUCUACCGGCGCCAGGGCGAGCGGCCGGUUACGGCGCGCGAGGAGGACGACGAGCUGCCUGAUGCCAUCGACGACCGCGAGAUUUUCGAUCUCAUUCGGUCCAUCAAUGAUCCAGAACAUCCCUUAACUCUGGAAGAGCUGAAUGUCGUGGAACAGGUUCGUGUCAAAGUGAAUGAUGCAGAAAGUACUGUUUCGGUGGAGUUCACUCCCACCAUUCCUCACUGCAGCAUGGCAACGCUGAUUGGCCUUUCGAUCAAAGUGAAGCUGAUCAGAUCCCUCCCUGAACGGUUUAAGGUGGAUGUCCACAUAACACCGGGAACCCACGCCUCUGAACACGCAGUAAACAAGCAGCUGGCCGACAAAGAGAGAGUUGCAGCUGCCUUGGAAAACGCCCAUUUGCUGGAAGUGGUGAACCAGUGCUUGUCGGGGAGACCCUGACACAAAGCGUCCCACCUGGCUGCAGUUUUGCUUGUUUUGUACAUAAGGAGCUAUCAUUGUAUGUGUGUUCAAGGUUUUUUUUUUAAAUGUAGUUUUAAUAAAGGCAAGGUCUUGCCACUGCUUCAGGGAAAUUGAUUUAAAAGGAAAUGUGAACUGGAAGCAUACACUGAAGACAGGGGGUCUUAUCUGGGUCUAAAAUAAAGGAACUGAUCUUA